GGCCGGGCCAACAACUUCCAAAGUGGUUCCUUUCUGCCAUCUAGUGGACAUGAAUGGCAAAGUCAGAUUUGGAGCAGAAUUCAUUUUGUCAUGAUUUUGUCAGCAUCUGAAAUUUAUCAAAAAAAUUUUUCUGAUUAGUUACAAGUUGAACUCUCUACCAAAUUUACUUAUUAAUAGACUCAACUUUGUAAGGAAAACAACAACCCACUAUCUUAAACACUAAGCACUAAAACUAAUUUUUCUAAGACAUUCGUAUUCACAUACUAUGAAUUUUAAAGAUUGUCUGCAGAAGGAGAGAAUGUUCUGGAGUGGUCAUCAUCAUGAACUUUCCCACUGACAUUAUCCAUCUAUACAGAGCACUGUACACAUUUGUUGGACACAUAGACCAUAGUAGCCGGAGCCUCUGAGGAUGAUGUCUUCCUGAAAACACUGGGUGAAAUCAUUGAGAAGAAUAAAAACAUUCUAUUCAUUUAAGAAAAAUGUACAAAAACUUAAACUCUUGGCAUAACCAAGGUGAACAUUUGUUAAGGCCUAUGUGCUUGAAUUAGCUGUUUUGCUGGUGUAUUUGCUUUAUUUUGAUUGCUAAGAAUAUCCCUGGGUGUCCAUUAGGAUUUCCAUUUUGUGUAGGAUGAAGACAUUCACAGCCAAAUGUCCCCAGAAAGUUAGUAAUUGCAGCAUGCCCAAAAUGGCUAGUGAUCUUCUGAGGCUAUCUGUUACUCUUAUUACCAUUAACAAUAUACCUGCAGAUGCUAUUUUUUGAGCUUCUACGAUGUGCCAAACACUUGUUCUUGUACAUUUUGGUAAUCUUUCCAUUAACUCUCCAAAAUAGACAAAGUUGUUUUCACUUUAGAAAUAAAAAUGGAUGCCUAUGACUCUCCACGAGCAAAUCUCAACUGUGCCCAGUGCCUGGUGGUGAAUAAUCAUUGACUGGCCAGCUGACCUUUGGAAGAAGCCAUCUACAUAACAAUAUGACAUAACAAGAUGAAGCAGUAAGAAUGGGUGGAGAAGCUGCAACAUGUUACCCAGAAGUUAAGCCAAGACAAUUGACGAAGGAGGCUCUGUUCUCCUGACCUGCUCUGGGGAGGGCCUAGCCCCAGAAUAUAGCUUGUGGGGUCCUCUGAGCAACAGAAAGGAAGCUGCCACUGCCUCACUGCCUACUCAGGGUCUCACUAAAUUGCUAAAACUGUCCUUAAAUUGUGAUACUCCUGCCUCAACCUCCAGAGCACACUGGGAUUACAGGUGUGUGCCACUGUGUGCAGCCAGAAAUGAACAUUAAUUAGAUGUGAGAAAAGGAGACAAAAGGAAAGUUGGCAAGCACAAAUAAGAAAACUGGUUUUCUUGGAGGAAUGGGGAGGUAGGUCUAUGAACAACAUGUGGGCGUUUCUUCUCAGUCACAGCAUUUCAGAACUACAAAAGCAAGCUGGAGACCACAAAGGGGCCACCCUCAUGUCACCACCUAUCUCCCCCAUUCAAAGCCCAGCUCUCGGGACUGAGGACAGUUAUGAAACCUGUUCCCCCAGAACGGUUUUUCUGGAGAAAGGAGAAAGCACCGAAGGAGAAAAAGAAGAACGUGAUGAGAAGAAAGCGGCACCGAGCAGCACCAAGGAGCGCGCAGGGGUGUCCCCUGGCUUGCCCGCUCCUGCUGGGAAGACGGCAGGUGUCCAGGCGCAAGCAAUGCGGACGAGCGCAGCAUGCCAGCGGACCUCCUCCGCGAGAACUGACCCUCGUCGCCGGCCCCCUUCGCUUUUCCGCCGUCCGCCGUUGCGGUCUGCAUCCCGGGGAGGGGCUGCAGUGGUGCGGACGAAUGCCGCGCGCUCCUUCAGCAGAAAGCGGCCAGCGGGCCUCGGCGCCGCGGGUCUGCAGCCCGGGGAGGGGAGCCCAGGGUGGGGCGCCCCGGGGGUCCCAGCUCAGCGGCCCGGGAACUGUGGGCCAGCUGCACGCGCCUGCACCCGCGCGCGGGCUCCUGGGGUUCCGCCGAAUCCUGCAGGUGCCAGAGCCGGCGUGAGUCUGUUCUCACUCCCCAGGCCCAGAGAUAAGUUCUCGAGGCACUUAGUGCCCAGACGGCUGUGUUUCAGAGAGAAUGGCUCCAAGUUAACCCGAGAGACUUAACGUUUAGUUUUAUUAAAUAUUGGUUUUAGAGCUU